AUUAGCAGCAGUUUAAACAAACUACCAGCGUAACAUGUAGCAACCUCAGCAGGCUCAUUUACUUUACUUAAAAUGUCAGAAACUUUACCCUCGACACGAGGGGGAUUUCUGGAUUUCAGUCCGGUGAGGAGAGACGUCGCGAAUAAGGAGAAUGAUGUUCCUGUUUUGAGUUUGAUUCAGUUUUCAAAGGCUCCUUUUGUGACAUUUGGGACCGUGAAGUUGGGGACCUCCAAAUCGGCUGUCUUGCGGAUUGAAAACCCCACAGAGGAUGCAGAAGCGGAGGUCAUUGUUGAAAAGAUCUCCUCCAGUAAAGGGUUUUCUGUGGACUACAACAGCUUCACGAUUCAGCCUGAGGGCUCAUUUGGUCUGACAGUAACCUGGACCCCAACAGAGGAAGGAGGAAUCAGAGAGCUCCUCGUGUUCAAUGCCAAUGGAGUCCUCAAGCAUCAGGCUGUUCUGCUGGGGAGAGCAGAAGCUCCCAAAAAGAAAAAAAAAAGCUUAUGGGACACAAUCAAAAACAAAAGAGAGGGCGAGAAAGUAGCCGCACCCAGGAGGAAGAAGCCGGAACAGCCGCUCAAGAUGUCGGCCAAUAAGACCUUCCAGGUGUCCCGAAAACCACAGUACAAACGGGAGAAGCCCCGCAGCCCCCUCGCCUCUCUCAACGACGGCAAAGCUGUUCGAGAGCGAUCCCUCUCCAAGUACAGUCCCAUGAUGGACUACCCUCAGAAAGCAGAGGAGCAGGACACCUCGAAAUCCAACCAGAGGCAGCGGUCUCUGGUUUUGACGGACCAGGAGAACGUCCACCCUCACUCUCCUCUCGUCCUGCUCGUCCCAGCCGCCAAGCUGAUGGACUCGUCUGACACCCCGACGAGCAAACCGGAAAACAAAGAUCUGCUGAGAAUGCUGAACAGGACGCUGUCCCCCAUCGGGACCCCGGAGAGGUUCAAGAAGCUCAUGCCUCAUAUUCAGUCAGACAGCCCAGCUCCUCUGAAGUCCGCGGCGGAUUCUGAAGAAGCCGACAGUGGGUUAACCGGGACCCCGGCUCUGUCUUUGAAGGACGCUCUCGCUCUUAUCGACUCCGAUCUGAGCCACGUGAACGCCAGUCCUCGGGACGCCAGCUCCAGCUGUGGGUUUUCAGAUUCACUGGAAUCAAAAAGUGUGAAUCACGGCUGCACACCCGUGCUCAAAGCGUUACCUGACAGCCCACCUGUGCACGAGUCCAAUGAGCCCAGACUUACCUUCUUUGUCAGCAAAGGGGCUGAUGUGUCGGCGGCUGAUACGGCAACAGAAAGGGUCAAAAAGGCUUCUUUUACCUCCGCCACGGUGAUUAAAAGCAAAGCUCCAGAGGAGACAAACUGCUCGAGUGGAAGGAAAAUAAAGAAGUCAAGGCGGAGGCUGUUGGAGAGAACUCUGGAGCUGUCAGACAGCAGCAGCAGCCAGUCCGAGUCUGGAUCAGGAACUCCGAGUCUCCCUGUUAUAGAUCCAGAAGCCAACGGAAGGCCAAAAUCUGAAGCUGCAGACUCUCUAUGUGAUUACAGGAAUCAAACCUUCCCCAGCCUGACUCCUCGGCCCGACGGCUCUCCCACACCCGUCACCUUCCCCGUCACCUCCAUCGCAUCUUUGUCUCCUGCUCGCUUCUCCUUCUCGUCCACUCCACCGCCUCCUGCAGUCCCCGCUUCCAUCGCUUUAACCUUCGCAGCGCCGUCGCCCUUGGGCUCAUCAUCCCCUCUCCAUCAGAACGCCACAUCACACCGCACACCGCGCGCGCUGUCUCCAACGGUUUUGCCGCCUCCGUGCGUUCAGGAAGACCAGUUUCCUGUUCAGAUGGCGGGGCAGAGCAAGAAGAGGAAGAGCGAGGAGUUUUUGAAAAGUGACGCGAAGCCGCAGGAGGCUGGGAAGACGGAGCGGGUUAAGAGGAGCAGGGUGGUGGCGGCAAAGACGGAGUCGAUAAGAUUGCUCCAGGAGAGGAGGCAGGCGUCGCUGAGACAACAGCAGAGUGCAGCAGGCUCCGUGCGCUCCAUGACGUCAUCCUCUCUGAAGACUGUGAGGUCUGCAGCUCCUGCCCAGGCAAAACAAUCGAGCUCCAAACUCACCUCCAGAGGUGCUCCGUCUCUGAAGUCUUCCGGUGCUCGGUCUGUGAAGACGGCAAAGGUUGUUGCUGUGGCUCAGUCAAAGCUCACCUUUAUAAAGUCGGUGCAAACAGCCAUACCGAGACACCCGAUGCCGUUUGCCGCCAAGAACAUGUUUUAUGAUGAGCGGUGGAUCGAGAAGCAGGAGCGGGGCUUCACCUGGUGGAUCAACUACGUCCUGACCCCCGAUGACUUCAAAGUCAACACUGAAGUCAAAUUGAACGCCGUGUCCAUCGCCAUGGGCAGCGACCACAAGUUCAGCGUCCCUAAAGCCCCCACCAAAGAGGAGAUGUCUUACAGCACCUACACGGCCCGGCGCAAGCUGAACCGCCUCCGGCGUUCUGCCUGCCAGCUGUUCACCUCAGAGGCCAUGGUCAAAGCGAUCCAGAGGCUCGAGGUGGAGGUGGAGGCCAGGAGGCUGCUCGUCCGCAAAGACCGCCACCUUUGGAAGGACAUAGGCGAACGAGGGAAAGUCCUGAACUGGCUCCUCUCGUACAACCCGCUGUGGUUACGGAUCGGGCUUGAGACAAUCUUCGGGGAGCUGAUCUCACUGGAGAGCAACAGCGACGCCCUGGGUCUGGCGCUCUUCAUCCUGCAGCGGCUGCUGUGGAACCCGGACCUCGCCGCUGAGUUCAGACACGCCAAAGUGCCUCACCUUUACAAAGACGGCCACGAGGAGGCGCUGUCUCGCUUCACGCUGAAGAAGCUGCUCCUGCUCGUGUGUUUUCUGGACAAAGCCAAAGAGUCUCGUCUGAUCGAACACAACCCCUGUCUGUUCUGUCAGGACGCAGAGUUCAAGACCAGUAAAGACCUCCUCCUGGCCUUCUCCAGAGACUUCCUGAGCGGGGAGGGGAUCCUCCCGCGGCACCUCGGCUACCUCGGGCUGCCCGUCUCCCACGUUCAGACGCCCCUGGACGAGUUCAACUUCGCGGUGAAGAAUUUAGCGGUCGACUUGAAAUGCGGGAUUCGUCUAGUACGUGUGAUGGAGCUCCUCGUGCAGGACUGGAGUUUGUCAGCCAAACUCCGCAUGCCGGCCAUCAGCCGCCUGCAGAAAGUCCACAACGUCGACUUGGCUUUGCAGCAGCUCAAGAGCAAAGGGGUGGACCUGAAGGAUGAACACGGGGCGGCCAUUGAUGCCAGAGACAUCGUGGAUGGACACAGAGAGAAAACUCUGAGCCUCCUGUGGAAAAUCAUCUUUGCAUUCCACGUGGAGGUCAUUUUGAACGAGGAUCAGCUGAGGGAGGAAAUCUGCUUCCUGAACAGAAGCUUUCGGACCAAACUGAGGCUGGCGUCCCUUAAAGCGGACCGGGGUCUUCAGUCGAGUCCUGCAGGGACUCGGUCGGCGUACGAGCACAGCAGCACUAAGAUCACUCUGCUCAUGGAGUGGGUCCGAGCGGUGUGCGACUUCUACAGCCUGAAGGUGGAGAACUUCACAGUGACGUUCUCGGACGGCCGCGUCCUCUGCUACCUCAUCCACCACUACCACCCCGGCGUCCUGCCCGCGCAGGCUGUCAGUCACAGCACCACCCAGACGGUGGAGUGCUCACAGAGGGGGCGACUGGAGCUCGACUGCUCCGCCAGCGACUCGGACAACUCCUUCGACUACCCGCCAGCAGGCCACAACGGCAUGGGCUCUCCGUCGGUUGAAUUCAAAGAGCUGCUGGAAAAUGAGAAAAACAACUUCAGGCUGGUCAACACGGCCGUGUCUUUCCUGGGCGGAGUCCCCGCCAUGAUCAACCCGGCCGACAUGUCCAACACCAUCCCCAACGAGAAGGUGGUCAUGUCGUACCUGUCCUUCCUGUGCGCUCGUCUUCUCGACCUGAGGAACGAAACCAGAGCAGCUCGGGUCAUUCAGGGCGCCUGGAGGAAAUACAGACUGCAGAAAGAUCUGCAGCUGUACAAGGAAAGAAACGUGGCUGCUGGGAAAAUCCAGUUACUUGUGAGGAGUUUUCUGCAGAGGCGCCGAGCUCAGAGGCAGAACGAAGCAGCCGUUCUCGUCCAGUCGCUCUGGAGAGGCUACGCUGCCCGGCACAGGAUGAGGCUCCACAAAGAGGCUCAGCUUCGGACUCUGCAGCACAACGCAGCGACUCUCAUCCAGACUCAGUGGAGGAUGUUUUCGACCAUGAGGGCUUACCAGCGCCUCAGAUACUACACCAUUGUUGUCCAAGCACAAUGGCGGAUGAGCAGGGCGGCCUCAGCGUACAGAAAAGUCUACUGGGCGGCCACUGUCCUUCAGAAGCACUCCCGAGCUCUGGCCUUGGGAAGAAAAGACCGCGAACUCUACCUCUCUCUUCGAGCUGCAGCCGUGAAAAUACAGCGAGGGUACAGGAGAUGGAAAGCCGAGAAAACCUCAAAGGAAGAGCGUGCUGCCAAAGUGAUACAAGCUGUGUUCAAGAAAUGGUACGAGGGGAAAAUGGCCGAAAAGAACGCUGCUGCUGUUCGCAUUCAGUCCUGGUAUAGGAUGCAGACAUGUCUCCGUCAGUAUAGGGAGGUCAGGAGAAGUGCGGUGCUCGUCCAAGCCCGGUACAGAGGCCACGCGCAGAGACGCCGCUUUCAGAAGUUGAAGCUGCAACACCGCUCUGCUGCCGUCAUUCAGAGUGCCGUCAGAGGCCACGCCGUCAGGAAGCAGGUGGUGAGGAUGAGAUGUGCUGCGGUCUUAAUCCAGCGCUGGUUCAGGGCCUCUGCGAAAAGAGACGCGGAGAGGCAAACGUUUGUGAGGUUGAGAUGUGCCGCCGUCACCGUACAGGCGGCUUAUCGCGGUAACGUGGCUCGGGAGUGCCUGAGACAACGGCACAAGGCGGCGACGGCGAUCCAGGCAGCUUUUAGGAGAUGUGCUGCCCAAAGGCGCUACCGCCGUUUGAGGAAAGCUGCGUGUGCGAUGCAGGAAAAGUACAGAGCCACGGUCUUGGCUCGUAAAGCAAAGGGGGAUUACGACGCUCUCAGGCAUGCCGCUCUCACUUUACAAGCUAAAUGGAGAGGCAGAGCUGACAGGAAGAGGAUCGAGAAGUGGCAUCGCUGUGCAACGCUGAUACAAGCUCACUACCGUCGGCACAAAGCGAAAACGGAGUACAGGUCCCAGAAGGCAGCUGCUGUCCUCAUACAGCGACAUUACAGAGCUCAUGUGGCCGGACAGGAGACGAGGAAAGCAUACCUACACGUGAGAGCGGCCUGUGUUACUCUCCAAGCUGCGUUCAGAGGCAUGAGAGUCAGGGCGGAGUUGAAGAAACAACACCUGGCAGCGACCGUUAUUCAGUCUUCAGUCAGGAUGUUUUUAUGUAGGAAACAAUAUUUCCUCCAACAGAGUGCUGCGGUAAUCAUCCAAAGCCGAUACAGAGCUCUUCUAAUGUGCAGGGCGCAGCAAAACAAAUACAGCGAACUAAAGCAGGCGGCCUUAAAGAUACAAUCUGUCUACCGGGGAUUCAGAGCAAGACGAGACCUGAAGAGGAGGCACGCCGCUGCCCGAGCAAUCCAAGCUCAGUUCAGGAUGCACAAAAUGCGCAUGGCAUAUCUCGCCACCAAGUGUGCUGCCAUCAUUAUUCAGGACCGCUACAGGGCCAAAAUGCUCAGGGACCAGCAGAUGCAGACGUUCAGAGGCUUGAAAUCUGCAGCUGUCGUCAUUCAGGCAGCGUAUCGAGGCCACGUGGCCAGGAGGACGAUCACACAGAUGCACCGAGCGGCUACAAUCAUCCAGAGAAAGUUUUCCACCGUUAGAGAGAGAAAAAGAUUCCUAGCGCUCAAGGCUGCAGCUCUGGUCUGUCAGCGCAGGUACAGGUUAGUGAUCCUGGCAACAAAUGACUGUUUAGACUACAUAUCAAAGCGUAGAGCGGUCGUUUGUUUGCAGGCAGCGUUCAGGGGGUGGCGGAUCAGGAAGCAGUUGCGUAUCCGGCAUGCCGCAGCUUUAAUCAUUCAGUCUUGCAUCCGAAUGUACCGGCAGAGAAGCUACUACAGGAGGCUCAGCUGGGCUGCAAAUGUGUUGCAAGCACGUUUCAGAGCCAACAGGAAAAUGAGAACAGAGAUGCAAGUACUGAGUGCAAAGAGGAGCGCUGCCGUCGUCUUACAGGCUGCCUUCCGUGGGAUGAAAUCCAGACAAAUAAUCACGCAAAGACAUCAGGCUGCUGGUGCUAUUCAGAGAGCGUACAGAGCCCACUGUGAACACAAGCAGUAUCUGACCUUAAAGUCCUCCGUCCUCACCAUCCAGCGGAGAUAUCGGGCCACUGUAGCAGCAAAGGAACAAACGCUAAAUUAUCAAAACAUGCGCAGAUCUGCUGUUGUCCUUCAGGCAGCUUUCAGAGGACAGCAGGUCAGGAGGGAGGUUACUCACUGGCAUCAGGCCGCAACUGUCAUACAGUCUGUGUUCAGAAAACACAGAGAAGAAGUUAAAUACAAGGCAAUGCUCCUGUCUGCCGUCAUCAUCCAGAGAUACUAUCGGGCCUGCAUUCUGCAGAGAAACGAGAGACAACAAUUCCUUAAAAUGAAACACUCUGCCAUCGUCCUUCAGGCGGCCUUCAGAGGUCAUCGUGUGAGAAGCGGUGUUGCAAAGAUGCACAGAGCAGCGACUGUCAUUCAAGCAAACUACAGGAUGCAUAAACAUCAGUCAGCCUUCAGGAGACAGUGCUGGGCAGCCUGUGUCUUACAGCAGAGGUUUAGAGCUCAGAGACAGAGAAAGACUGAGAUGAAACAUUAUCAAGAGGUGAGGAGAGCUGUCAUUGUGUUACAGGCGGCAUACCGUGGAAUGAAAUCAAGACAAAUCAUCAAACAGAAGCAUCAGGCUGCUGGUGUUAUUCAGAGAGCGUACAGAGCCUGCACUGAGCACAGACAGUAUUUGAAACUGAAAAUGUCUGUCCUCACCAUUCAGCAGAGAUAUCGGGCCACUGUAGCAGCAAAGGAACAAACGCUAAAUUAUCAAAACAUGCGCAGAUCUGCUGUUGUCCUUCAGGCAGCUUUCAGAGGACAGCAGGUCAGGAGGGAGGUUACUCACUGGCAUCAGGCUGCAACUGUCAUACAGUCUGUGUUCAGAAAACACAGAGAAGAAGUUAAAUAUCAGGCAAUGCUCCUGUCUGCAAUCAUCAUCCAGAGAUACUAUCGGGCCUGUAUUAUGCAGAGAAAAGAAAGGAAACAGUUUCUCAAAAUGAAACACUCUGCCAUCGUCCUUCAGGCGGCCUUCAGAGGUCAUCGUGUGAGAAGCGGUGUUGCAAAGAUGCACAGAGCAGCGACUGUCAUUCAAGCAAACUUCAGGAUGCAUAAACAUCAGUCAGCCUUCAGGAGACAGUGCUGGGCAGCCUGUGUCUUACAGCAGAGGUUUAGAGCUCAGAGACAGAGAAACACUGAGAUGAAACAUUAUCAAGAGGUGAGGAGAGCUGUCAUUGUGUUACAGGCGGCAUACCGUGGAAUGAAAUCAAGACAAAUCAUCAAACAGAAGCAACAGGCUGCUGGUGUCAUACAAAGAGCGUACAGAGCCUGCACUGAGCACAGACAGUAUUUGAAACUGAAAAUGUCUGUCCUCACCAUUCAGCAGAGGUAUCGGGCCACUGUAGCAGCGAAAGCUCAAAGAAGCCAAUACCUGAAUAUGCGCAAAGCAGCAGUCACCCUUCAGGCAGCUUUCAGAGGACAGCAGGUCAGGAGGGAGGUUACUCGCUGGCAUCAGGCUGCAACUGUCAUACAGUCUGUGUUCAGAAAACACAGAGAAGAAGUUAAAUACAAGGCCAUGCUCCUGUCUGCCGUCAUCAUCCAGAGAUACUAUCGGGCCUGUAUUAUGCAGAGAAAAGAAAGGAAACAGUUUCUCAAAAUGAAACACUCUGCCAUCGUCCUUCAGGCGGCCUUCAGAGGUCAUCGUGUGAGAAGCGGUGUUGCAAAGAUGCACAGAGCAGCGACUGUCAUUCAAGCAAACUUCAGGAUGCAUAAACAUCAGUCAGCCUUCAGGAGACAGUGCUGGGCAGCCUGUGUCUUACAGCAGAGGUUUAGAGCUCAGAGACAGAGAAAGACUGAGAUGAAACAUUAUCAAGAGGUGAGGAGAGCUGUCGAUGUGUUACAGGCGGCAUACCGUGGAAUGAAAUCAAGACAAAUCAUCAAACAGAAGCAACAGGCUGCUGGUGUUAUUCAGAGAGCGUACAGAGCCUGCACUGAGCGCAGACAGUAUUUGAAACUGAAAAUGUCUGUCCUCACCAUUCAGCAGAGGUAUCGGGCCACUGUAGCAGCGAAAGCUCAAAGAAGCCAAUACCUGAAUAUGCGCAAAGCAGCAGUCACCCUUCAGGCAGCUUUCAGAGGACAGCAGAUCAGGAGGGAGGUUACUCGCUGGCAUCAGGCCGCAACUGUCAUACAGUCUGUGUUCAGAAAACACAGAGAAGAAGUUAAAUACAAGGCCAUGCUCCUGUCUGCAAUCAUCAUCCAGAGAUACUAUCGGGCCUGUAUUAUGCAGAGAAAAGAAAGGAAACAGUUUCUCAAAAUGAAACACUCUGCCAUCGUCCUUCAGGCGGCCUUCAGAGGUCAUCGUGUGAGAAGCGGUGUUGCAAAGAUGCACAGAGCAGCGACUGUCAUUCAAGCAAACUUCAGGAUGCAUAAACAUCAGUCAGCCUUCAGGAGACAGUGCUGGGCAGCCUGUGUCUUACAGCAGAGGUUUAGAGCUCAGAGACAGAGAAAGACUGAGAUGAAACAUUAUCAAGAGGUGAGGAGAGCUGUCAUUGUGUUACAGGCGGCAUACCGUGGAAUGAAAUCAAGACAAAUCAUCAAACAGAAGCAACAGGCUGCUGGUGUUAUUCAGAGAGCGUACAGAGCCCACUGUGAACACAAGCAGUAUCUGACCUUAAAAUCCUCCGUCCUCACCAUCCAGCGGAGAUAUCGGGCCACUGUAGCAGCAAAGGAACAAACGCUAAAUUAUCAAAACAUGCGCAGAUCUGCUGUUGUCCUUCAGGCAGCUUUCAGAGGACAGCAGGUCAGGAGGGAGGUUACUCGCUGGCAUCAGGCCGCAACUGUCAUACAGUCUGUGUUCAGAAAACACAGAGAAGAAGUUAAAUACAAGGCCAUGCGUCUGUCUGCCGUCAUCAUCCAGAGAUACUAUCGGGCCUGCAUUCUAAAAAGACGAGACAGAGAGAACUUCCUGAAAGUAAAACAGUCUGCCGUCAUCCUUCAGGCACAUUUCAGAGGCUGCUGCGUUAGGAGGGACUUUAAGCGACAAAAGCAGGCCGCCGUUGUGAUCCAGUCACGCUGGAGGUGUUUGGUGCAAAAACGCGACUUCAUGAGGAAGCGGGAGGCGGCGUUGAUUCUCCAGCGGAGGGUCCGGGCGCUGCAGCUCGGCAGGUUGGAGAGAAACAACUACGUCCAAUUGAGGCGAGCUGCCGUCACACUUCAGACUCACUGCAGAGCCUGGAUCGCCAGGCAGCAGGCGUUGGAGGAAGCCAAAGCAGAGAGGAGGCUUCGUUUUACAUCCGCACUCUUCCACCAUCUCAGUGCCAUAAAGAUCCAGAGAGCGCUAAGAGCUCACCGGGCUUUAGAGUCGGCCAAAAGACAAAUCCAUUGUGUCGUCACCAUACAGCGAUGGGUGAGAGCGAAGCAGCAGAGGAGGCGGUAUCUGGAGGAGCGGAGGAAGCUGGUCACAGCCCAGAGAGCCGCCCAGCGCUGGUUGGCUCGUCGCCACAAAGCCGCGUCCGUCCUCCAGCAGGCCGUCCGCAGGUUUCUCCUUCUCAGGAGGCAGAAGAGGGUUCAGCAGGGCAUUGUCAAAGCUCAGGCUCUUUGGAGAGGACACCGUUCCCGCCGCCUGAACGACAACCCCAGGGUGGUGGCGUUAAGGCACCGCCUACGCAAAGUCUCCGCCGAGGUCCGAGAGGAAGACAAACUUUGCAACAAGACGUCGUCCGCCCUCGACUACCUCCUUCGAUACAAACACUUCUCCUACAUCCUAGAGGCCCUGAAGAACCUCGAGACGGCCACCAGGCUGUCCCCGGAGUGCUGCGAGCGGCUGGUCGAGAGCGGCGCCACCAACGUCAUCUUCACGCUCAUCCGCUGCUGCAACAGGAGCGUCCCCUGCAUGGACGUCAUCACCUACUCCAUCCAGAUCCUCCUCAACCUCUCCAAGUACCACAAGACCACCGAGGCCGUGUACUCGGUGGAGCACUCAGUGGAGACUCUUCUGGACCUGCUGCAGAGAUACCGGGAAAAGGCCGGCGAUAAAGUGGCAGAAAAGGGCGGCAGCAUCUUCACCAAAGCCUGCUUCCUCCUCGCUCUCCUCCUGCAAGACAAACGCCGCGCCGUGGAGGUUAUGAAGCUUCCAAAGGUCCUGGACAAGAUCCGCAGUAUUUACCGCCUCACCGCACGCAAACACAAGAUGGACGCCGAAAGGACGGUGCUAAAACAAAAGAUGAACGCGUCAAUCAACGGGAGCUUUUAUGUUCCAGCGACGCCUCGCAAAUCCAAACCUCCGCCAAAGUUUGCGCCGGAUUGGGUUCUCAGAAAGGACAAGCUUAAAGAUAUUGUGGACCCUCUCCGAGCCAUUCAAAUGGUGGCUAACACACUGUCCAUUGUGUUGUAAAUAUUCAAGCUUUCAAAUCUGGAUUCAUCUCUUUUUUUUUUACCUGAAGAAAAUAUUGUUUUAUGGAUUGUUUUACCUCCUUUUUUUUUUUCUAAACAAAUGCAUUUCCAUGUGUAACCUGUAAAUAUUAAAAUGGAUUUAUUUCUUA